CUUGUUAGGCGUGUCACGCGACAAGGUUACUUUCACUUUCGACUCGUUCCUUUUUUUCGUGACUUGUAUUUCACAGAAACGACUUGCUACGUGCAAAUUCAGAAUAUUUUUAGUCCGGAAAUUAUUUGUCGUUUCGACGUUAAUGUACUUUUUGCGUCUGUUCUACUCCGAGUGAAAGCCAAGUCUACUUGCUCAGUCCAGGACAUGGAUUUCCAGAGGCUGCUUCUGACUGCAGGAAAUAACCUGAGGAAAGAUGAUGUCAGCGCUUUUGUGUUCCUUUGUACUGAACUACUUCGAGCUUCACGCUCAGACUCUGUGGACACGGCUAGUGAUCUCUUCUCCAUCCUGGCCGACCAGAACUACCUCACACCUGAACGACCUCACCUGCUCACCGAGCUUCUCCUCAUCGUCGAACAACACAGUCUCAUCCGGGACUUGGAGCUCCAAACGCCUCUGACCAUCCACCUCAUCGCUCCUUUCAGGAAGCUGUUGUACGACCUUUCGGUGGAUAUUACCACUGAAAACUUGAAAGCCAUGAAGUUCUUACUCCGUGAAAAGAUUCCACGGAGGAAAUUGGAACAAUGCCAAACAACGCUGGAGCUCUUCUUGGAAAUGGAGCACAUGGACCUUCUCAGGAACACCAACAUGGGCUUAUUGGAAGAUAUCAUUAAGAGUGUAUGCCCGGUGUUAAAAAAAAAGAUAGUCAAGUUUAAGGAAGGUGACGUGAAUUGCAACUGCCCUGUACCUGAACAAACGCCUCCACUGGAAUCCAAAUCAUCUUCUUUUGGACAAACCCAAGUCAGCCAGUCCUUUGAGCCUGAGAUUCCCAGAUCAAACAAACUGUCAGAACUGCCAUCAUCGGCUGAGGGAAGAGCAUAUCUAGAGAUUGUGAGUGUCGGGGGUGUUUUAGAUGAUGACGAGCACCUGUCACGUGGACUGAGAGCAAUGACUACUGAAGAAAGUAGCCAUGUCAACACAACAUUGACAACCGAAGAUGGGCAAGCCUCUUUUGGCACUCAAGAGUCAACAAACACAAGUGAUGAGGCAUUGAAAACAUAUAACAUGAAUGCAGUCAAACCUGGACUCUGCCUAAUAAUUAACAACAUUGACUUCAAUGAAGUGGAAACGAAACUCAAGCCGAGGGAGGGGACCAUUAUUGAUGAAGGUUGUCUAAAGAAGGUGUUUGAAUGGCUUGGGUUCGAGGUUCACGUCAAGCGUAACUGCGACAAGGAAAAGAUUCUCUCAUCAAUACAGGGGAUCAGCACCAGAGACCACAGUCAGAUGGACUGCCUGGUGUGCUGCGUGCUCAGCCAUGGGGCGAAGGAAAGUGUGUACGGCGUGGACGGUGACGCCGUCAACCUCGCAGAGCUCAUGCAACCAUUCAACGGGUUGCAGUGCCCUUCUUUAAAGGGAAAACCCAAACUGUUUUUUAUCCAGGCCUGCCAGGGCCGCGCCAGACAAACCCCCGUUUACUUGCAGAGUGAUGGUCUGACUAUCACCAACUUCAACGACAAUACUGCACAAAUGCAAAUAUCCAUCCCGGUUGAUGCGGACUUCCUGCUCGCUGUGGCCUCCAUCCCGUUGUACGUUUCUUGGAGAGACAAGAUACUUGGCACUUGGUUUAUUCAGUCUUUGUGCCAAAACUUGAUCACAAUGGUCCCGAGGAAAUACGACCUCGUGGAAAUCAUGACAAAAGUGAAUGCUGAUGUGAGCGAGCAGACCGGGGUGUUUGAAUCCAAGUUCGUGAAGCAGAUGCCACGAUGUGACUCCCGUCUCAGGAAGAAAGUUGUCUUCAAAGUUCCCAACGAGUAUCCUCCUGAACUUUGACCUUCCUGCACCUGUGAAUACUCCCGUGAGAGAUGUUUGUUGCCAUUUUAUAUUCCCAGUGUCUUUCUUUGGACUUGUUGUUCCCCAUCAUUUUAUAGCAAGUACCGCCUAAAAAGGAUCAAAGACCUCCAUCACAAAUAACAUUAAAAUACAGUAAUGUAGGAGUCCCAUGUGUUAACCAAAACAAGAGAGGUUUUAUUCCUAAAAUUACAUUAAAGUGGCCACCACCACAGGAGUAACGGCUUCUUCAUACUUGUGUGGGCAUGUGGAAUGGCACUGACGUCACGGCUGCUAUCCUGUACGGAAUUUGUCUUUAUACUCAAGUGCAACUCACGUGCCCGGUUUUGAAAAUGUUCUGCCCUCCUCCAAGUCGGGGGUGUCGCAAUGGCUGGUAGUGGCACGGACCCCGCAGGGUGGCGUUGCCUCUGGAUUUUUUUGGCCAUUUACGGUAGCCGUUUUUCCUUUUCAUUUCGAUACUAAGGAACAAAGCAACAACAAUAGCGACCGUGGGACAGUGUCUGCUUGAAAAAAUGAUGACGAAUUUAAUUGUGUUGUAGAAUCACUCAAGAAGGCAGCUGCGGACACGGAAUAUGGAAGCACAAGACUAAAAUGGACCAGUUAUGAGAAAUGAUCUCCGCGACGCUGGACGCGCAGCAACAUUUUUGUCAUGUGGGCCAUUGCGUUAGUCACCUAACCACGUGCACGCUUGAGUAUAAAGAGACCUUAAUGUUAACAAGCCUGCCAAAUUUGAAUGAAUUAAAAAUAAAAUCACUAAAGUAUAUAAAAUUAGACCUUAAAACUUGAAUAAGGGGCACCUCUGAGCCCUCAAGACACUGUGUGUGUGCAAUGGAUGCCCCAAAUGGAAUAAAACACACUGAGGGGUUGAUUGCUUAUGUGAUAUUAAAUAGCGUUUUAAAGGUCAUCUUCAAAAGGGAAUUGGUUAUUGUGGACUAUAAUCAUAAAAUAAGCACAUAAGUCAGCAUACCCUUGUUGGUAACAUAAUGUCAAAGCCAAAGACGGCUUUUUGUCUCAGAGCCAUGUUGUCUCUAAAGUUUAUAAAACGAUCUGUCAUACAAUGUGCACAGCAGUAUUGGCUGGGAGUGUUGAUGUUCAGCUCGCCAUUUGCAUGUCUUUAAAAAGUCAGUCCAUAGCUUUUUUUAUUUCCUCAUAUUUUGGGAUCCUAAAUAACCUCACCAAGCUGGUCUGUUAAUUGAGGCGUCCAGUGAAGACUCAUUUUGGGGUGUCGUCAUUGCUAGCUUACUAACUGCACGCUGGAAUGGUAAAUGGGACUUUAUGAAUUGUUCAAGUGUUUCAUCUUUUAUUUUUGUGUUUUCUGAAAUGUUAGUGUUUCACAAUUUGUUAUCGUGUUUUGCCUUUCCGGUCCACUGUACCGAAGAACCUGAUUUACAACAACCUUCACCAAGAAGGGCCUCGCUAGUGUACUUGCACUUUAAAAAAAAAAAAUGGAAACGAGGGUCACAAAUAUGCUCUGACCUCAGUGAGGUAGGCAUUAAAAGCUUCAUGCAGUGUCACCAACAAAGUACAAACAGGAUACAGUAUACUUUGUUGCCCGACUGAGGAAAAAAAUUCAGGUAUCUCUAUUUGUUUACCUCAUUUUUCUUCUUGUAUAACCACUAGGGAAGUUAAUAAAUAAGCCAAAAUGCUGUGUGGAGUUUCUUUUUUGCCAAGUUAUCAAAAUAGAUAUAGUACAUGUACAUAAAUGACGGAAAAUCAAUUUUGCAUUUAUAUUAUGCUCCUCAAGUACAUUUCAGUCAGUACUUUAUAUUUACUUACUUUACUUAAAGACCUAGAAAACAGUAUUUUUUCCCAAUGCAUUCAAUAUGUUUGAAGGUAAAUGCUCAAAAUGUGUAAAUACUGAGACCCAAAAGAUCUGAGAGCAAGAUGUUUCUAGUGAGCUUGACAGCUACUAAACAGUUGAGGAAUAUUUACUUUUAGCAUUUAUGUAAAUCUGUUAUAUUUUACCAAACGAUUUUAGAGUAUUUGGGAUCUAACAUUGGCUCGAUGUUGCCUCAGUAAACGUGAAAUGUGAUUAAAAUUCAUCCACACAUUCCUGGA